AUGCCGGCUCACUUCUGUCUGGUUUUAAAGCAAACUUUUGUAGCUUGUCGCUGUUGUGAGUUCCCUGCCUGCCCUUGGCUCUGCCUCUGGCAGGUGCAGAGCCCUGUCCCAGCUCAGCCCAGGGGGGAUAAAGGAGUCGGCAGGCAGAGCCGGGCCAGCACUGAGUCAGGCCGGAUGGGCAACACGGCAGGGCAAGGGCCUGGGGACCCCCCGGGUGGCUGAACUGGUCCAUGGCGGCGGGCGCGGGUGCCUUCGCGUGGGCCACCUUCCCUGCUAUGCCCACGCGACGCGUGUACUGCAGCGCUGUGCACUGUGACGGGCAGCUCUUCGUUCUGGGCGGCUGUGGGAGUGGUGGGCGAGCCCUGGGUGCCACCGAAGUGCUCGACCUCCCAGCCCAGCGCUGGACCACACUCCCGCCACUGCCCACGCCGCGGGCCGGUGCUGCCGCCCUUGCCCUGGGCAAGCAGAUUCUGGUGAUGGGUGGUGUGGAUGUGGCACAGAGCCCUCUCGCCUCCGUUGAGAUUUACCAUGUGGAUGAGGGCAAGUGGGAGAAGAAGGCAGCGCUGGCUCAGCCGUCCAUGGGCAUCUCAGCCAUACAGAGAGAUGGAGCUGUCUAUGCACUGGGCGGAAUGGGUGCAGACACCUCUCCCCAGGCACUGGUCCGUGUCUACGAGCCGACGAAGGACCACUGGCAGCCCCUGCCCUCCAUGCCCACCCCCUGCUAUGGGGCUUCUGCCUUCCUGCAGGGCAACAAGAUCUUCGUCCUGGGGGGCCGUCAGGGCAAGCUGCCUGUCACCGCUUUCGAGGCCUUCGACCUGGAGACAAGGAGCUGGAUGCGCUACCCCAGCGUGCCCAGCCGCCGUGCUUUCGCUGCCUGUGCCAUGGUCGAUGGUGUCUUCUUCAGCCUGGGGGGACUGCAGCAGCCAGGACCACACAAUUUCUAUUCCCGUCCCCACUUCGUUAACACUGUGGAGAUGUUCGAUCCUGUGCAGGGUGCAUGGAGCAAGCCAAGCCGUGCUGUCCGCAUGAGGGAGAAGAGAGCUGACUUCGUAGCUGGCUGCCUAGGAGGAAGAGUGGUGGCUGUGGGUGGCCUUGGGAACCAGUCCUGCCCGCUGGACUCAGUGGAAGGGUUCAGCCUCUCACGGAAGAAGUGGGAGCCACUGCCUCCCAUGCCUACUGGCCGCUGCUCCUGUUCCAGCUGCCCAACGCCCAGCCUGCUCUUCGUCAUCGGUGGAGUGGCCCAGGGCCCCAGUGGCGCCGUUGAGGCUCUAUGCCUGCGUGAGGUGCCCUGAGCAGGACCCCGGGGACCAGCCCCGACCGAGCACCAAGUGCCUGAAGACGGGGACAGGGUGUGCACGCACCUGCACGUGCAGGUGACCGGGCUCUGGGGAGCUCCCAUCCCAUAAUGCCGGGCACCGGAGCAGCCGUGGUUUCUUGCCAUGCUUGGAUACCCCUCUUGGCUCCUGUGCUACUGCAGCAGCAGAGCCCAGGGCAAAAUCCUGCCUGGUGGGAGGGCUGUGGCUGCCAGCACGGAGGGAGUGGCGGUGGCAGGACUGUCGCUGGCCGCGCUGCCUCGUCCGGCCCCGUCUGUGCUGUGGCAUGUCCGUGCCAUGUGUGUAGCAGUGAGUGCUGUGUCGUCGUAGACCCAGUCGAUGUCUCAUGUAGCACAGAGGUGCCCUGUAGCUCAGUGCCUAGGAGGUGAUGUAGCACCUCAAAUAAAUGAAA